CACGCAAAUACAUCUCAUUCUAAAGAUUUUGUUUGCAAUUUCUCUUCUUUAAUUACUUAAAAGAAGACACCACACCAAACAAGAAUCAUGAAUACGUUCAGGAUAUCAUAUUUCAUUAUGGUACUCAUAAUGGUCUUAGCCAUUGCUAUAACAUUUAGCGAACCGCUAAAGGUCGAGGCGAAACAUCAUGGCAACUAUGGUCGGGUGAUAGCCGCUAAUGCAAGCAACAAGGGUAGGAAACGUAUAGGUGCAGCACUGACAUGUGACAAAAGCUCCAAAGUCUGUCGUCUCAAAGGCAGUCCAGGUCGUGAUUGUUGUCGUAAGAAGUGCGUCGACCUGAGAACCAACAAACUGAACUGCGGGAGAUGUGGAAAAAGCUGUCAGUACUCUGAGGUUUGCUGCAAUGGAUAUUGUGUAAACCCGAUGUUCGAUAGGAGACACUGUGGAGGUUGCUUUAAGAAGUGCAAGAAAGGGAGAUCGUGUGCCUAUGGCAUGUGCAGCUAUGCAUAAAGAAACAUUGUGGUAUAAAGGUCAUUACAAAAAAGAAUUUUAAUUUGUUGGUUUAUAAAUUGGAUUACAUUCAUGUUAUACAUACAGAUCAAAAUUCAAAGAUUAUAUAGCUAGAUUAAAUAACGGUCGAGUACUUGCUAUUAAAGAUAGAAAGUAUUGUAAAAGUUUGUCAUCAAUAUUAUACUGUUAAUUUUAUUUUUAUGCCCAUG